UGAAGUAAAAUAUUUUUUUUGCCUUUUUAAAGUGUAGCAUUUGUAAAAUUCUGGGCUUUUGUAAGUAGCUGCUAGCUAGCGUUAGCCAUUUAACAAGCUACAACCACUGGCACGUUUAUCGCCAUUUUGCGCGUUUAGAAGCCCAAUACUUUAGUUGUGCACGAUGGCAGAGGCAGACCGUCCAGGAAAGCUCUUUAUCGGUGGACUCAACACCGAGACCACCGAGAAGGCCCUGGAGCAGUACUUCAGCAAAUACGGCAGGAUUGUCGAAGUUCUUUUGAUGAAGGACCGUGAAACCAACAAGUCAAGAGGUUUUGCUUUUGUCACUUUUGAAAAUCCUGCUGAUGCUAAGGAUGCUGCGCGGGAGAUGAAUGGAAAAUCUCUUGAUGGCAAGCCUAUCAAAGUGGAGCAAGCUACAAAACCUCAGUUUGAGAGCAACCUCAGACGAGGGCAUCCACCCAUGCAUUCUCGCAGUCGUGGUCCACCCAGAGGCCCCCGGGGUUCUAGAGGAGGUCCCGGUGGCAUGAGAGGCCCACCAUCUAGAGACUACUAUGAUUCAGGGGAUGUAGAACCCUUCUUCAAAGGGGUGUCAUCCAGAGGCCCACCUCCACUAAAGAGAGGGCCCCCGGUCCGUAAUGGAGGUCCCCCACCCAAGAGGUCUGCCCCUUCUGGUCCUAUGAGCAGACCUCCCAUGUCAAGGGACAGGGAUCCCUAUGGUCCACCCCCUCCACGCAGAGACUCCAUGAUGUCCAGAAGAGAUGACUAUCCAUCACCACGAGAUGAUCAUUACAGCUCUAAAGAUGGCUACUCUAGUCGGGAUUAUAAUUCCAGAGAUUCAAGAGACUAUGGACCACCACCAAGAGAUUAUUCAUACAGAGAGUAUUCUAGUUCCAGAGAUGACUAUGGAUCAAUGUCAAGGGGCUACAGUGAUCGUGAUGGUUACGGUAGUGGCCGGGAACCCAGAAACUAUAUGGAUCGUCCAAGUGGUGGCUCCUACAGAGAUUCCUAUGACGGUUACGGUAACUCUCGCAGCGCCCCACCCUCACGGGGCCCCCCACCAUCCUAUGGUGGGAGCAGUGGAAGCAGUCGUUAUGAUGACUAUGGCAGCAGUUCCCGGGAUGGCUAUGGCGGUCGUGACAGUUACCCCAGCAGUCGGAGUGAACCAUAUCCACCUAGCCGUGGGGAGCGAAUGGGCAGGCAGGAGAGGGGCCCAGCUCCCCCUGUUGAUAGAGGCUACCCUCCUCGUGAUUCAUACAGCAGCUCAAGUCGCGGAGGGCCACGCGGUGGCCGUGGUGGCAAUCGAGUCGAUAGAGGAAUGGCUCGCAGCAGAUACUGAACUGAACCUGGAAACCGCAUUAAAACCAACGUUAGUCUCCGUGCACAGUAAACACGUGCUUUGGAUGAAAACUGGCAUCGAGACAAACUAGCCAUGUCUAAAUCUGUGGAUUAAGAAGCUUAGCUUUGAGCUGUAUCUUGACUUUCCGAGUUUUUAUGUGUACAUUUUUUUAAGUAUUUUUCUUCCUCAUGUAACAGUACAGUUACCAGUGAGUGUUAGUUUUUGUACAUUCAGUGCUGUUGGAAUCUGCAAUGCCCUAUAAGUCUGGCUUUCCUACUAAUAAAGCUUUUAGUUGUACCUUUCA